AUGUCUCCUCAUGGUGCAGCCAUGAGUUCUUCUCCUCACUCUGUCGAUGAGACCACCAACCAUGGCACACCGUCGACCAACAUCACUGCCUUCACUCCUGAGGCUGGUUCCGGCACCAAAGGACGUGUUGUUGACUCGGCUCGCCGCCCUGUCCGUACACUUCGCCCUGGUCAACUCACGCUUGCAAACGAUGAGUCUGAAGAAGACAUCUUCUUGUCUGCCCCAUCCACCAAAGGAACUCAGCUCUCCCCAACCGCCGAAGUCUUCACUCCUACUUUGCCAACUACCUUCAUGAAGAAGGAUGCAGAGGGCCAGGCAGGCAACACCAUUCUUGCUGAAGAGUACGAUGAACCUAUUCGUACUCCCCACAAGUUCGAGUUCUUCCCGAAUGGCGUUCCUGCAGCUCGUCGUGCCGAGGUCGAGAAGCACGUUCGAAUUCAUCAAUUUGGCCUCAUCGAUAUCAACCAAGUCCCCUUCAACAAUGUCGCUCGUAUAUAUGUACAUGACAUCACCAUCACCGAUGGUGUCUUCAGCACUGACGAAGGUUUCUCUCGCUCCUUCCUCGUCAGCGGCGUUCCAUUCGGGUUCCCCUCGCGAGUCAUUGGCCAACACUUCACGGUGGAGAGAUUUCCAAGUCUCCGAGGUGUCAAUGCCACCAAACUCCCAAGUGGCCUCUUCGUUGUCUCUUGCUCUGACAUCCGCGAGGCCAAGCAAGCUGUCGCUGUUGCCAAGUCGAUCCUCCCCUUUGCCACGCUCAUGCCAUGCAGCGGCAAGACCUACGCAAGAGAGAUUGGUGCAGAUCCAAACCUCGCCAGUGACUACGAAGGACAGAUGAUACUCAGCAUCUACUACAAUCCGAAUGCUGCUGCACCACCAGUCGAGGCACAUCCAGUCAUUGCGGAGAUCAAGCGUCUUCUUGACCAAUGUGGCGAUGUCAAGGCUUUCCACACUUGCACCUCUCUCCAGACCCAUGUCCGAGAGAUCCGUGUCGAGUUCUACAAUGCCGAUCAUGUUGACGUCGCCAAGGAUGUCGUUCGUGGCACUGUCAUCCAGGGUUGUGUCCUCGACGCUAGGCCAUACCAGCCAGAUGUCCGUGUUCCCAUUGAAGAUGAAGAAGAAAUCGAGGCUUUUCAGCAGCUUUCCAUCACUGGUCGCUCAAGAGUCCCAGUCGAUGAUGAUGACUAUGCCCGCCUUGCUCAUACCAUCCAUCGUGAUGGUCUGCAUCGUGGUCGUCGCGUCGCUCAGAACAUGAACCACAAUGCCGUCGACGUUGCUCGCAUCCAAGCUGGACUUGAUGUUCGCACCACUAUCAUGCUUCGCAACAUCCCGAACCGCGUCGAUCAGCCAAUGCUGAAGACCCUUCUCGACGUUACUAGCCGUGGUCGCUACGACUUCAUGUACCUGCGGAUCGACUUCGCCAACAACUGCAAUGUUGGUUACGCCUUCAUCAACUUCAUCGACGCUCAGUCCAUCAUUCCCUUUGUUCUUGCCCGUGCUGGUAAGCGCUGGAACUGCUUCAAUUCAGACAAAGUUGCCGAAGUCUCCUAUGCUACGAUCCAGGGCAAAGACUGCCUCGUUCAGAAGUUCCGCAAUUCGUCCGUCAUGCUUGAGCAUCCUGCGUUUCGCCCCAAGCUCUUCCUCGCUGGCAACUUUCCCAACGCUGGUCAAGAAGAGCCAUUUCCCGGCCCAGACAACCAAUCCAAGAUGCGUCGUUCGGUUGAAAACGCAGAACACGUCGGUCUGUUCGUCCCACUCCAUGCAGACCAUCAAUACUGGUACCCCCAGCCCUUCGCACCUGCCCCUGCCUUUCAACAACGCAAUCCCGUCGUGCGCCCUGCUGGCAGAUUCAAUCAUGAAGAGAAUCGCCGCCGCGGUGUCUAUCUCCCACCUGCUCGCAUUGUCAAGCCAGAGCCCAUGGAGCCCAAGGAUUUCCCCCAAGACCCCUCUCCAACCCACCGCCGAAUUCCCUUCUUGGUUGACAUCAGAAGCCCCUACGAUCCCUUUGCCGGUCGUCCUUCUGCCUCUACGUGA